CCGUCGGCGUCAGUGUCGCCUCGCCUCGCCUCGCAUGGCCACUCGAAGCUUUCCCCGUCCCGGUCCCUAGCAGAGAAGAGCUUCCGCUCCCGCAUGCGGCAUCUGCCUCUGCCCCCAGCAGCAGCAGCAGCAGCCGCCGCGCCGCGCGAAGCAUCUCCUCCUCCUCCUCCUCCUCCCGCCGCGCGAGCGCUGAGCCCUACUGCUGUCGCCUUUGCCCAGAUCCCGUCGGUGGCCAUGGCGGCGAGGGCGCAGGCGUGGCUGUUCGCGGCCGCGCUGGUCAUCUUCCACGGCUCCGAGUACGUCCUCGCCGCGGCCUUCCACGGCCGCCGCAACGUCACCGCCACAUCACUUCUUAUCAGCAAGCAGUAUGUUUUGGCAAUGAGUUUUGCAAUGUUGGAACACCUGACAGAAGCUCUUCUCUUCCCUGAAUUGAAGGAGUAUUGGUUUGUCAGUUAUGUUGGUUUAGUAAUGGUGAUUAUUGGUGAAGUUAUUCGUAAACUUGCUGUGGUGACAGCUGGGCGUUCCUUUACGCAUGUUAUAAGAAUUCACUAUGAAGACCAACAUAAGCUGAUUACUCAUGGGGUGUAUAGGCUUAUGCGUCAUCCUGGGUAUUCUGGCUUUCUUAUAUGGGCAGUAGGAACCCAGGUUAUGUUGUGUAAUCCAUUAUCCACAGUUGCAUUCACAUUGGUGCUGUGGCGAUUCUUUUCAAAACGGAUACCGUAUGAAGAAUUUUUCUUAAGGCAGUUCUUUGGUCGUGAAUACGAAGAAUACGCACAGAAAGUGCACUCAGGAUUACCUUUUAUAGAAUGAAAGUUUCAAACUUACAAAGUGUGCUUACCUCCCGCUGGCAUCAUCAUUGAUGUGCCAGAGUACAGGACUAAACAACAUGCAAUGAGAAGAUAACAAACUAGCCAUAUGGAUUGCAUACAAUACAAGACAAGUCUUAUUUUUGUAAUCUGGGUUCAAACGGAUGAAUUAUUUCCUCAGCUCAUCAAUGUGCAAAUGUGACAAUUGUUGCGCUGGUCAUUUGGUGUGAAAAAAAGAAAAAGCUAAAGCCCCUCGUUACAGAUAAGAUUUGUUAAGCCAUGCCAUUCAUUCGAUUUGAAGAGGAAUGGCUCCUGUGUGGUGUUGAUUGUCUCCUGUAGUUUUGUUGCGUCAAAGUUUUUCCAUAGCAAAUGAUGUGUAACAUUCCAGGUGGAACUCCUUUAUUUGUUCCAUGAAAUCUGAAAAGCAUUUGGACAUGCUGCAGUUUUCUCCCUGGGGGCACAGUUAAGCUCGUGAUUCUAUUGUCGGUUUAUUC